UAGAGGCUGUUAGUGAAGUCCGGCAACAGAUGGCGGAGGUGGCGGCGUCUCCAUUCAGCACAAAUCUGACAGGGCGGAGGCUCUGAAGGAGGAGAUGGUUAUCUAAAGAGGAACCACACGAAAGCCUUGUCGAGCUGACUCCAUUGAUAUUUUUUCUCCUACUGUCUUGGAUUUUUUCCCCCCUACUUCUUUUCUUUUUGUUGUUAUUUUUCGCUUGAGGCCUCGGAAGCCUCGGGCUAGAUUUGGCGACACGCCGAGCCGAGUGCACGGAAGAGACGUGUGUGGGAUUGUUCCGAAACUCCCGAUAAAAACAAGCGAAAAAAAAUGUGUUUGCCAGGAUUUGAAGUUUCCGCUUCGUGACGCUUUUUUUUUAUUAUUAUUAUUAUUAUUUUGUAGAGCCGGUCUUAUUUACACGAUACCAAAAAACAAUUUGAAUUAAUGUGGAGUAGAAAAAAGUUGAAGAUACGAGCUGGCCUGCUAUGGUGCUAGUUAGCUACUUAGCCGAGAAACUUUAGCAUUGUUGAAUGAAUGAAUGAAUGAAUGAAUGAAUGAAUGAAUGGACCAGCGACCACUUUUAUUUAAAUAACAUCUGAUUAGUGUUAAGGGGGAAAACGUCGAAAACAACACAAGACGACGCUGAAUGUAAACAACGCGGUGGUUGUACUUUGUUGAACCACUUAACCUCAUAACAGACCGGAAUGCAAUUAAUUAGCGUCGGUGGACUAUUUAUCCUUCAAAGAUAAGUGUUUUAUGCGUUUAUGCGACUGGAGCCCGGUAAUGUUCACGAGGCAGGGCGACGCUAAGUUUACCUAGCCCCAGAUAUUUGCACUACUUGGACUUGGCUGCGGUAGCGUGAAGCUUUACCGAAGCUUCCGCCCAGUUCGCGAUGGGGAACACGGUGUCGUGCUGCGUCUCUCCGGAGUCGAGCCCCAAGCUCCCGUCGAGGCAGCCCGCGGAGAGACUGGAGGAUUUCCAGACCAGCACCGAGGCGAGCGACGACAACACCGUGCCCUACCUGCAGCACAUAAGUGACAGAGAGGUGCCCGAUGAGCUGGCUUUGGAGUCCAACCCAUCGGAUCACGCCCGAGCAAGCACCAUCUUCCUCAGCAAGUCCCAGACAGACGUACGAGACAAGAGGAAAAGCAACCACAUAAACCAUAUCAGUCAUGUUUCUCCUGGUCCGCUCUCCAAGAAGUACAGCUCCUGCUCCACCAUCUUCAUCGACGACAGCACCGUCAGCCAACCAAACCUCAAAAGCACAAUCAAAUGUGUCACUUUAGCAAUAUACUACCACAUCAAAAACAGGGACUCGAACAGGUCACUGGACAUCUUUGAUGAGAAGUUGCACCCCUUAUCAAGAGAGCCAGUGCCAGAUGACUACUCCCUCGUAGACCCAGAACACAAACUGAUCUACCGCUUCGUCAGGACGCUCUUCAGUGCUGCACAGCUCACCGCAGAAUGUGCCAUCGUCACUCUUGUGUACUUGGAGCGACUGCUGACCUACGCUGAGCUGGAUAUCUGCCCCGCCAACUGGAAGCGCAUCGUCCUGGGAGCCAUCUUGUUGGCCUCCAAAGUCUGGGAUGACCAGGCCGUGUGGAAUGUCGACUACUGCCAGAUCCUUAAAGACAUCACCGUGGAGGACAUGAACGAGAUGGAGCGCCACUUCCUGGAACUUCUUCAGUUUAACAUAAACGUUCCAGCCAGCGUAUACGCCAAGUACUACUUCGACCUGCGGCAGCUGGCUGACGACAACAACCUCAGCUUUCCUCUGGAGCCCCUCAACAACCAGCGCGCCCAGAAACUAGAGGCCAUUUCAAGAUUAUGUGAAGACAAGUACAAGGACCUGAGUCGCGCCUCGAUGAGACGAUCCUUCAGCGCAGACAACCUGAUAGGUAUACGACGCUCCAACGCUGUCCUCUCGUAGGCCACACUUCUUCCCUUCCUGUUUUCCAAAGCCCAGCUAACCCACAGCCAGUCCCGGACGAACAUGGCCGCCUCGACGUGGCCGCCGCCGCGUUUUAUUACGCUGAACUUGAAAUUGAACUGUUUACCUAAAUUGACAAAACUGUACGACAACACGGCUUUUGUUUUUACAGAACCCAUUAUUUAUUUCUUACUUUUCCCACAAGUUUCUAAGUGUUAAACUAGGAGCGGCUCUGACGGAGGUAGACUUUGGAUUGUCAUUAAAAUGUAAUUUUUACAACAAGAAAUGACUCAUUACCUGCAGCGUUAAAGGACGAGGCUGGUGUUGUUCUAUUUCGUUGUUGCCAAAUCCCAUGAGAAGACAAAAAUGAUAAUAUAUGACCCUGUGUCAGUAGAGCGUCUUUUUGUCUUUCCCUGGGAUUCGUUAACAGUUUCAGAAAUAUAAGACACCACCAGACGUCUUCUUUUUUUAAUAGAACAAGUGCGAAACGUUCUUUCCUGUAAAUUAGACACCAAACGUUUCUUUGGGUGGGUGUAAAUCACACUUUGUUUACUGUCGAUACCAGUGAUGUUUUAUUAUGUUUGAGUAAAUUUUCUACCCGUGUGGACUGAACAUGCGGCAUGUCUCACAUUACAAAGUAUUGGACUAUUAAUACUCCACAGGAGUCGACUGAAGCGGCCCCUUCGGUCAGGAGUGCCAACUGCGAUUGGUUUCAUGUUAUAUAUUCGCCACAGGUGGUCCAACGGGGGACGGUUUACUGACAGUGGAUCAGUACGGUUACUGAGCAGCUCGGUGCAACAGUUAGGUUGUAGGUGGGGGUCCACACUGUCCAGUAUAGUGCCCCUUUAAAUCCUGCCCGACGUCGUCUGUAAGAGCCCCUCUACAGAUUGUCCUUAAACCUGACUACACUACAUAGAUCCUGAGAGGGGGGGUGAAAAAAACACUGAUGCCCCCCUUCACCCACACCCCCUCCCACCCCUUUGCUUACUAUGUAGGCUACUAGCUGUGAAAUUUGUCUUGUUUUUAAUUGAAAAAAAGAUGCAGAUGGAGUAUUUUAAAUAAACACUAAUCAUGUAACAAA